UCAUCGUGCACUCGUCUGGUCUUGGUCCUCGUAUUGCCCUGUUUUGGCCACGCGAAGUGAUUAAGCUCGAGAUUGGCAUGGAGAGUGGAGCAGAACCUCGGGCCGGCCACGCCACUUAUGUCGUGGUGUGAUGCAUUGUGCCUCGAACCAUGGGUUUUUGCCCUGGGCCACGGAGUUGAAAGGCCGGAAUUUAACGGCAGACACGGAGGAACUGCGUCUCGGGAAGCAGUGUCUUUUUUUCAUGUGUGAUGUGAUUGCUCUCUACACCUUUGAGAGCAACCGAAAUCCACAAUUACGAUCCGCUGUAGUACAGGCAGGCAAUGCAUCAUCCAAGGGCCUGUACUUUUGUUGGAGGAAACCUACGCUCGUCUAUAUGUCGAUGAGACAGUGCCAACGUACUGGCCAUCUUGUACUCUGCCAGGACAGCUUGUCAUACUUAAGGCAAGGUCCCGGCGCCUGUGCGACUGAUAUCAUGUCUCCUUCGUGUGUCAUCGAGGACGGCGCACAAGGCGUCAAACUCGGCGCAACUCAAGCGUCAGUCACCGCCAUAAUUUUGAUGGCCGCGAUCUUGAUCAGGGGCUUGUUCGACAGAUUGUUCGCCAAUCGCCCCGUACCAGCGCUGAUUGACACAAGUGCAGGAACUGGCCCGGCGAGACCUAUUAGACCCGACCUUCCUCACCUCAUGACAUGGAGACCAGCAAAGUCCUUGUGUGGUUGGGAGGUCUAACAGCCGAGAGAGCCAAGACACAUCUUAGCCAUUGUCACUACUACAGGGAACCUUAAGAUUUGUGGUUUUCGGUCGCAGC